CACAGCAAAGGACGGGCAGGCUCCAGGUCGGGGCUGCAAAGUUACAGUCCCGGUGGAUGCCACACCCCAUUGCCGUCCUAAGUCACUAGCGGUCUCCAGUACUCCCACUCAGUGCUGCUAGUUGCUCUUUAGCGUGUGCUUCUGGAACUACGCCGAAGACUGCUGAAGAAGUUUGAGUACCUCCACGGGCGCAAGAUGGGCCUGUUGACGUCGCUGCCCCCCUAACCAUGACACCGGGACGUGCGAAUUCAGACGCACGGGAGGUGUGUCGUGGGCCUCGUCUUGCUACGCUCCAGGGCCAGGGGGUGCGAGUCGUAGGAGGUCAGUCCGAUUCGACCGGUCGAUGAGAUGACCUGGUCGUUCGUUACCUGUCUAUCACCUUCAUUGAUCUAUCGUCUGUCUCCUCCUUCAUCCCACACCUCGCUCUUUUCGUCGUUCCUUUCCUUUUUGCAGUUCGUCGCGUACUUAUCAAUCGUAUACCCGCCCAUCCGCUUGCUAGCUUCGUCCCAUUUACUGGCUGCCUCCUAAAGCCUUCUUUGGACUUGGCGGUGUCAGCAAUCUCGUACAUUUUUUUCAUUGUUUCUCUCUCCGCAGCCUCUCAGUUUUUCUACCCUCUGCUUGGACCGAAAUCGACGACGCCUACCGACAAUCUUCCGCGACGAGUGGUGUCGCCUUCACAUCAUCGUCAUGUCGGACCCUUCAGGAAACGUAACCAUGGCUGGCCAAGGUUAUGCAGAGUUUGUCACACACGACAACAAGGCACCGCUAAUCAAGAUUAUGGCGGCUUUCCUCAUGUGCUUGAUCAUCCUGUGCACUUUUGCCAGAACACUUACCAAAAUCUUCCUAACUACUGGUCUAAAAACAGACGAUUGGCUAGCUGUGGCUGCCACUGUGGCUGCGACGGCCCAGUACAUCACCAACAUCAUCCAAGCUGCUCAAGGCUUUGGAAAACAUAUUCAUGUCCUCAGUGACAGCGAUAGAAACAGUAUCAUUAGAGGCGAAUAUGCUUCCAACCUUCUCUUCAUUGUCGCCCUACUUCUAGGCAAGCUCAGCGCCGGGUCCAUGACGAAGGCGAUUUCGCAUCGCAAACACUGGAAAUAUAUUUUGGGCUUUCAAGCCCUUUGCGGCGCCUGGGCUGGUACUGCCUUUGUAUCUGUACUGUUCGAGUGCGGUAUUCCAGCGCCUUGGGAUAUUACAUCCAAGAAGUGCUUUGAUAGAACUGCCUUCUGGGUCUUCUUCUCCAUAUUCAACAUCGUCAGCGACCUCUUUCUCAUUGUUGUCAUGGUGAUCAAUGUGCGCCUCAUUCAGACCACCCAAAGCAAAAAGAUCGUGGUUAUGUGCGUCUUUGGCUGCCGUGUUUUCAUCAUUCCCGCGGUGGCAGCACAGCUCUAUUUCACUAUUGUGAACAUGAAGACCAGCGACUUCACGUUCGACUACUGGGAGUUGACACUGGCUAUUCAACUCGUGCAGUGCAUGAGCGUCUUGUCCAUCUGCAUCCCUGUCCUGAAACCCCUCAUGGACAACGCUGAAUCGGGUCUCCGCCUCGCCGAUUCGCGCCGUGUCGGCCAGUUCGACAGUGCAUACGCAGAGCGGUCUGGAUCUGGUACUAGAUCCAGAACCUACAUCAAAGGAGGAUCACGCGUCGACAGAUCAGGGAACGACGUUCUAAACUCCAAGAGAAGCGAUGUUUUUGAAAUGUCUUCACCUAAAUCAAAGCCGGGGACAUCGAGCGGCCACAGAAAAGGGUGGGACAAUCAAAGUCACACAAGUCAGACCAUCCUGAUCCAGCAGACAUGGUACGUCGAUGUCGAGUCCAAGUCCGUCGACGAGGCUCGGACAUCAGAAGGGCCCCACGCCAUGUAAUGAGGAUUCAUGUAAAAAGUAUUUCCCUUCCUUUUUGGCGACAGUACAUAUUUUAGAAGUCGUAUGCAGCAAUGUAUUCUUAUGGUCCAUCUCAAUGCACUCGCAAGAGAAUAACCUGUGACUGU